CUAGGUUGCCUCCUUCUCUCUCUGUUAGUCUCUCACCGACUUUCUAUAGCUUUAAUCCGAGGUGGCUACGCUUCAAACUACUGCGAACAAAAUGGUGCUUAAAGCUGUUUGUGUGCUGAAAGGAGCCGGCGAAACCACCGGGACGGUGUACUUCGAACAGGAGAGCGACUCCAGCCCGGUGAAGCUGACUGGAGAAAUCAAAGGCCUCACUCCAGGCGAGCAUGGCUUCCACGUCCACGCCUUUGGAGACAACACUAACGGGUGUAUCAGUGCAGGCCCUCACUUCAACCCGUUCAACAAAUCUCACGCUGGUCCAAAGGAUGCAGACAGGCAUGUCGGCGACCUGGGCAACGUGACCGCAGGUGCUGAUAACGUAGCCAAAAUUAACAUCAUAGACAGUGCAAUCUCCCUCACCGGCCAGUACGCUAUCAUUGGCAGAACCAUGGUGAUCCACGAGAAGGCCGAUGACCUGGGCAGAGGCGGUAACGAAGAGAGCUUAAAGACUGGCAACGCUGGCGGACGGCUGGCUUGUGGUGUCAUAGGCAUCACCCAGUAAAAACACCACUGUGGAAAAGAUAGAACCUUAAACCACUUAAAAGACCAUCUUGGCUACUCUGUGUUCUUUUUUUUUUUACCAUUUAAUGAGCCAGCAUUUAUGCUAUUCUUAAAGCACUUGACUGUCUGCUGGGACACCAAAAAGACGUUGUUGCGCGCAAGUUGUAACUGACAGCAAACAAACAUAAUAAAGAGUUCAUCCUUAUGCUGAA